AUGGCUGCCUUGGAAUAUGUGCUUGGAAAGAACAAAACAGUUGGAUGGCUCGGAUAUAGGGACUUUGAUCACUUCAACCGAGCACUCCUAGCCAAGCAAGGCUGGAGACUGCUUCAACAAACCAACUCUCUAGUGGCUAAAGUAUUAAAAGCCAAGUACUUCCAUAGAUCUGACUUCCUGCAUGCAAGAUUUGGUAGCAAUGCCUCUUAUGUUUGGAGGAAUUUAUUGGAGGCCAGACCAAUAUUGGAAGAGGGAUUGAUAUGGCGUAUUGGGAAUGGAAAGGAGGUCAACAUCUGGAGGGACAAAUGGAUCCAGCAACCUACUUCAUAUAAGGUGCAGACUCCGCUGGAUGAGGGAUUGGCCCAUUGGACAGUUGCGAACUUUAUAGAUGAGCAAACAAAAGCAUGGAACAUGCCCCUUUUGAAGAGUAUUUUAUGUGAAGAGGACAUCAACAACAUUUCUAGGAUCCCUAUCAGCUGA